CCGUACCGUGACCAUGUGCGUGCAUGUAUCUGUGUGACUGUUUCGUUGGUCUUUAUUCUAUGUUUGUCCCGCUGAAUACCAGUAAAUGGGGCUAGCUUGGGUUUUUGGCACCAUCAGACACGUUGGUGGCAGCAAGAGCGGCACGACCGUUUAGCGAGCGGAUCAACGCAAUCUGCUAGUGAGCCUGGUGCUGUGCUUGAACGCGUUGGCGCGCAGGCAUCGUCGAUUCACGAAAGAGCAAACUCCAGUGCGUUUCGGCCAGGAAGACCAGGAUGGUGCCGGUCAACGUUACGGUGCCGGUCAGGCGUUACAAGUUGAGGGAUGGCCGCCGCUUCCAUGCAACGAAUACGACAGAUGCCUGUCCCUACGAGAGAGACUCAACUACGAAGCGAUUGCGGAAAGGAUGUAACGUUCCUAUCGGCAGCAGGUACCAGGCUCUGGUACCGCGUACUGUGUCCGCAAAGCUACCGCUCGCUGACUCUGCCCCCGACAAGGCAGUUCUGGUAUGGGCGCCCAGCGGUUGCGUUCCGGAGAGUGCGCUAGACGUGUACACGAACUUGGCAACCGAAAGCUAUGGCUAUAACGAAGAGCAAGCCCUGGGACUGCUUCAGUGGCAUGGCCACGACCUGCCUAAAGCAAUCGCCGAGCUCGGAAACUUUAUGCCUGUUGUGGACGAGUGGACGGCGGAGGACGAACUGCGGUUCGAGAACGCUUUGAAGAUACACAGCAAGAACUUUCGAAUGAUACAGGGCGCGUUUCCGAAAAAGACCAUUUCCAGCCUGGUGCAGCACUACUACCUUUGGAAGCAAACUCGUACGCACACCAGCCUGCUGCAGCAUCGGUUACUGCAUCCGACCGCAGCAGCACGUGGUAGAUGUUUCUCCCAAGACGGAAAAGCGCAGGGUGGUAGUACUCGCAUCAGAAUCGGCCGACGCUCCUCGAAGCUUGUUGACGACUCUGAGAAGGAGGGAAGGGAUCAGGUUGAUCCAGAGAAAGCAGACACAACCACGAAAGUGGAACGGUACCACCAGCCACGGUAUUCUUUCUUAAAACAUGGAGAAAUUAAGCAAUUAACUUUGGGAUUGAAUUGCAAUGUUGACACCAUCCUGCGCGCGAUGGACCGUGAAAUUGUAAACCUGCGAAAAGUAGUACAAAAGAACAAGCAAGACCUAAACCGAAUGAAGCAUCUGUACUCCAGAAGCAUCGAUAGGAUUCUUCAUUCUCGUGACAACGACCUUCUGUGAGCUUGUGGCAGAUCACAGGCUAAAUGCCACCAGUGUGUCUGACUCGGGCAAGAAAAAGAAAAACACUGGAACUGAUGCGCGACAUAACAUAUCAUUUGUGCAGAGUGGCAACAGAAAAUAUGUGCAAUGUUUUGACUAGUCAUUGACUAUUUACCAUUAUGAAAGUUGGGAAUUGUUAAAAUAUUUUUAUAGUGUCACAACUGUUAUGCGCAGCCCAUGAGCAGUAAGAUGUCUGCAGCUUGGCCAACAUGUUUUCAAUUUUUAUCAUUUUGUGCCUACUCACUACCUCAUCUAGUCAGUGCAUCAUCCGUUUUCCUGCACAUUAUUGUUUCACCGAUUUCACAUUGUUCACAAAGACACUUGCAUAUCUUAUGUAAAUGUUUGCUUUUAUGCUCCUAAAGUAGUGAUAUCAUCCUGCACCAUCGUCAGUCUGUGAUUAAACUGCCACAUAGUUACACUGCCAUUAACAUACUCUUAUGCAGCCACACUGUUCGAUUGUGUUGUUUCGGUGCAAGUCUACAGACUGCAUUAUGAGCAUGUGCAUACAUAUAUCGGUAAAAGCUAGGUGAAACCCUCUAGAAUCUGCAACUGAUAGUGAUUGAGCGAUGUACCUCACUACUUUUGUUUCAGAGGACGUGCUCAUCUGGUUCUUCUUUGUCCCUUCCUAACUUCCUCCAACUUGGUAGGCGGCAUGGAAGGAGGUUUGCCAAGCGUUGCGGGUGACUUUGUUGAAGACUACUUGGAACACACAUGGCGAAGACGGGCCCAGCGCUACAGGCGACGGCUGAGAGAGUUUUUUAUGCCAUCUGGGCUGCACGGCACAUUUCGAAACUUGGACUCAUUGGCUGGGGCAAGUUCUCCCACCUCUGAGGACUUAGAAGAGGAAGACAGGCGCAGUUGCUGUCGGAAGUGUCUGGACUUUGUUGUGACGCUGCGGCUUGAAGCAUUCUUUUUUCUCUUCACCCUAGCCUACACUAUGCAGUAUGCCACAACAGCCAAUCUGCUUGAGCUGAAGGCAUGCUACCAGGUGCUUAAUGAGAGCAAGGAAAUCUGUGGAAAUUUGACGGAGAAUUCAAAGGAGCUUGUAAAGGUUCGAAAUGUUGCUACUUUGUACAUUAUAUAUCAGUCUCUCGUUGGGUUUUUGCCUGGAGCGUUGAUCACUCUUGUCGUUGCAAGUUGGUGUGACGAGUCUGGUAGGUUCAAGAUUCCAUUGUAUGUUUCUCUCGUUGGCAGCAUGCUCAAGAUUUCUGGAGAGCUGGUGACUGCGGUGUAUGAAGACGCGUCUAUCUACUUCAACCUGAUCUCUGCAAUCCCUGAGGGCCUGUCUGGUGGCCUUCCAGCUAUUCUCAUGUCGUCUUACACAAUUACAGCAUUGUCAUCUUCGAGGAAACAGAGAACCAUGAGGUUCUUCACCUUACAGAUUGCCUUUGUCAUUGCACUGCCAGUUGGUCAGCUAAUCACUGCCCUCGCAUUUGUAAACUCUGGUAGGUUUGUCCCUUUGAUGGGCUCCUCACUAGGCAUUCUUGCCCUGUCAUUCCUGUGUGCAGUAUUCCUAGUCAGGGAUACGGCUCCCUGCAUUGCAGAAGAUCCAGGAAACGUUCAAGCUCCUGGAGAGUCUUCGUCUGGAGUGCCUUCCUCCAGCGCAAGACCUUAUAAGCUAGUCAAGCAUCUCUUCAGCACACGACAUCUCGUGGGCAGCAUCCGCACUGUCCUCGGCCGUCAUUACGACGUAGACCGGUUUAGGAUUCCACUGCUUGUUCUCUCUGUGUUCCUUCUUGUACUGAACAGCCAGACAUCUUUCAUGGGUUACUUCUACGCAAAGAAGCAGUUCAACUGGACCUUCUCCCAGUACCUGGUGAUUACUUCUGCAUUUUCACUAGCUAGUGUGCUUGUUUUGAUUCCACUUUUAGUAAUCUUCCUGCGUUGGCUUCCAAACCAAGAGUAUGGUCUUGCCGUAGUUGGCAUCAUGGGGGUUGGUGCCAAGAACAUCUUCCAUGCGUCUUCUGGAGCUGCGGGCAGCCCUCUUUACUUUCUAGGCUAUGGCUUUGGAAUGCUGAGCAAUAUUGCACCAGCUUGCAUACGCUCACACAUUUCGAGACUUCUUCCAGAUGCUGAAUACGGAAGACUGUUUUCUGUAAUGGCAACCUGUGAAGCCCUUGCUCCUCUCUUGGGGCGCGUGAUGUUUGAGCGACUGUUCGGUUUGUCCAAAGGUUUCUUUGCGGGGCUUUCGUUUAUAGUUGGCCUCCUAUUUUUGGUCCUGCCUCUAGCUGUAGUAGUUUAUUUCUGGCGUAAGCGUCAGAAUGAGUAUGCUGUAAUGGCAGAGGACCCAGCAGCUGAAAAUGCAAAUCCUAGAGCUUAGUUCUGUUUUGUGGACUUUUAUUAAUGCCUGUUUAGAUUGUGUGGUAGUCAACUUGCACAAAGUAGUUCAUGUUACUUUUACUGUUGAUCUUCACAAAUUCUGCAGCACAUCUGGCUGCUUUCUUGUCUACGUCUUGCUUAUUGGGGGAUUUCAAUGUCAGCAUUUACUUGUGUGUGUUGGGAAUGUGCAAGUAUCCUGAGAGUGCCUUUAUAUAAGGAAGCGUGUUGCACCUGUUCUGUUAAUAAAGCUUUAACAGUGUAAACCUAAUGACACAAUUGUUGUCCUGUUUGUGAUGCCCAAUAUGUGCCUUAAUAAAAAAUUGAGAAGUUCAUCUCCUUUAGAGUAGAGGUUACUCGCGGGUCAUGCGAGGUUAACUUUUUCCUGGGCUUGUUAAUGUUCUCUUAAUGAUUGUGCCAAUCACAAGCGUUGGUUUGCAAAAGGAUUGCAACUACUAGUUCCUAAAUAGCAUAGGAUGUAAGUGUGUCAACAAGUUCAUAUUGGAAAAAAAUAAGGAAGGAAAGCUAUGAAAGAGGCACAUGGGAGAAAUGAUUACUCAUUUUCAAAGAUUGUAAUCUUUUUCUUUUUUUUCGCUCAACUUAGUUGGUGCAUAAAUCUUGUUUUUUGGCAACACAAGGACUCCACUAGCAUACCUUUGCAUGAUCGAGCCAACAAGUUUACCAAUGUAUGAAGUCUUUAUUGUAGGUGCAGUCAACACAUAGCCAUCCAAAUGCUGAAAAAUAAGGAAGAUAAGCUGAAAUGUUUACUGUGUCAGUCCGCCAAAGAGUGACCAAAGAUUGUUCAUGCAUGAUUAGUAAAAGCUGCAAUAUUAUCAACUCUUGUGUGAUUGCAUAAUUCAUUCUACUAUCCUUCAGAAUGAUGUUUGUCUCCUGUACAUGUGUGUGGUCUACCGACCGUCUCUUUUGCUCAGUUAGGUUUUUCAUGGUAAGCACUGGGUUAGCAAUGCACAUUUAUUCACAAUUAGAAUUGAAUAUGAUAUGCAGAGGUGGGCAACGGUCGGAUAUGAAAUAAUGUUUGGGCAGUAGCCCAGUCUUGCUUCCUUUUCUUUUUUCUCUUGUCCUCUGUGUUCUUAACAGUGCAUAUUUUUAACGUGGUUUGCAGCUAGUUGAACCUCGCCAUAGUUUUAUGCAAGAAAUCAUUGUGCGUCUCAUUGUAUUUAUUGACAUUCCAUAAGUUUUAAUCCUGUGACAUGACCACGGAGUAAAAAAGUUUUCAGGAGGCGAAGCAGUGCUCGCUCUGGCAUUCCGAUAAAGUUAUGUCGGAGGGCACGUCGCCGACACAUUCCCUGUCGUUCAAAGCCAUCCAGGACCAUCACCGCUAGCCGCUUCUAUGCGCGAAUGGAUGCACUCGUUUCUGAUGCCUGCGCUUACUUCCCCAUAUUUCAAAGCAGUGACACAAACAACAGCCCGCGAAGUCGUGGCAAACGUGGGUACUGGCAAGAUGCCUCAAUCUCAUCUUGACCCACCGGCGCGCGCUGUCACAUCCGGACAGAUUCCCCCUUCUGAAAUGCUUCUUUAUCCGUGGGCAUGACAUUAUCAACACUUUAUUGUACCUUUCCACUUAGAUACCACUGAUAUACUCUAAGUUGUGUGAUGCUUCAUUUCGGUAGCUCUACUGGUUGCGUGUGAGCAUAGUGCAAUUUGUAGUGCCAGUAAUAAGAAAGUUUGCUGUCGGCUUAAAUCUGAGUGGAGAAGGUACCUUAGUCACAAAAAAAGGUUGUGUUUGGUUGUGGCAGCCUCGUAUUGCCUUUUCUUUUUUGUGUCGGUAACAUUAGUGUGCUAUGGGCAACUCAACUGUCCCAGUUUGCAGAACUUGCUUUUAUAACAAUGUGUGGCUGUAUUUGGUUGUGGCACAAUUAUGCCAUUUCACUAUUUAGACAUAGAACUUCGGAUAUUUUCUUUCACGUUUUUAAAACACAGUAGUGUCCACUGUUGUGAUCUAAUGUUAAGGAUGCCCGUUACUGUUAUGAUCCUGUUUUUGCUGUGUUGCUGUAUUGAUGAAAUGUUAUGGUGCUGUAAAACCAUUUUGUGCUUUUGCAAAGUCGCAUUGAGCACUUUCGUUUAUUUUGUUUGUUUUGUGCAGUCUCUGAUGAAAAAUAAAGAAGAAAAGGUUGUUCGUUUCUUU